GGCGCUAGAGCUCCCCGCCCCGAGCAUACAGCUCCGUCGCCUCCCCACCAAAACACCAAACUCACCCAAACAAACCUACGCUGUCUUCAACCAUGGGGACCGCAUUGAAGACCUGGGAGCUCGAGAACUCCGUCAAGCUCGUCGACCCCAGCAAAGACGCCCUCUACAAUUACUCGGCCUCCGCCCAAAAAGCUAUCAACGACGCACACCCAUGGCGAACCGACCCCAACUACUUCACCUCAGUCCGCAUCUCGGCCAUCGCCCUCCUCAAGAUGGUCAUGCACGCACGCUCGGGCGGCUCAAUCGAAGUCAUGGGCUUAAUGCUAGGCAAGAUUGAAGCACACACGUUCGUCGUCACCGACGCAUUCCGGUUACCAGUCGAAGGAACAGAGACACGAGUCAACGCACAAGACGAGGCAAACGAGUACAUGGUAGAAUUCCUGCAGCGCGCACGAGAACAAGGACAGAUGGAGAACGCCGUCGGCUGGUACCACUCACAUCCCGGCUACGGCUGCUGGCUCUCCGGCAUCGACGUAAACACACAGAAGACGCAGCAAAUGUUCCAAGACCCCUUCUGCGCCAUCGUGAUCGACCCCGACCGGACCGUCUCCGCCGGUAAAGUCGAAAUCGGCGCCUUCCGCACAUACUCAACAGAGUAUGUCGAGAACCAAGCGAAAGCGGGUGGCGGCUCCAAGAACGUGAGCGGCGCCGAGAGCGACGGCUUCGAGACUAUUCCGUUGGGCAAGAUUGAGGAUUUCGGUGCACAUGCCAACCACUACUACUCCCUAGAGGUCUCGCACUACAAGUCCUCGCUCGACGCCAAGUUGCUAGAAGCGCUGUGGAACAAGUACUGGGUACAAACGCUCUCCUCCUCACCCCUCAUCUCCAACCGCGACUACGGUACCAAGCAGAUCUCGGACCUCGCCCGCAAAAUGCAGCAAGAGAACAACAGCAGCAAGCGCUUCAAGGGCGGAGCCGGAUACGCGACGAACAACGAGAGCAAGAACCAGUUGACCAAGCUGGGUGCGGCUGGUAGCAAGAUUGCGCGUGAAGAGGAUAUGGGACUGCUAGCGGCGAAGGUCAAGGAUAAGGUGUUUGGUCUUGCGGGUGACGGGGAGGUUAAGAGUCAGGAAGUCGAGAUGGAGACUUCUUAGAUAAGGGAAGGUAACGAACUGUGGAAAACAUGGUAUGGCAUGGCAAGGCGUUGAAGGCGUACAUGGAAUAGAUCAACGGAAUGGGAUGAUAUCACGAAUUGAAAUCAAUGAGUUCAUCGUAGCAAUUCAUGAAUACUGACACCUCAUACAAGGAAGGAUCCAAACAGGCCCGCAGCCUACACUAGGCCAACAAUAAGCAAAGAAGGAAAUGUAGCGUCAAUACAGGCUUCACGGUGUUCAGUGAUCUC